GCCGCCGCGACUUCCGGCGGCCGCUCUAGCCGCGCCGCGUCUAUGCCCGCGGCGCUGGGGGAUGUUUAUUGUCGCGGGGAGUCGGCUCAGCAACCGGAACGCCGCCGGGCGACCGGCACCCAGUGACCGGCACCGCGCUGCGCCCUGCCCUGCCCCGCCCCGACCGCCGCCCGCCCGCACGGAUGUGAUCUUCGUGGUGAACUGGUGGGAAAAUUGAGUUGUAAAUCACCCCAAUGGAUGCAGACAGUGAUGUUGCACUGGACAUUUUAAUCACAAAUGUAGUGUGUGUUUUUAGAACAAGAUGUCAUUUAAACUUGAGGAAGAUUGCAUUAGAGGGAGCAAAUGUGAUAUACAAGCGUGAUGUUGGGAAGGUUUUAAUGAAGCUUAGGAAACCUAGGAUUACGGCCACAAUUUGGUCCUCAGGAAAAGUUAUUUGCACAGGAGCCACAAGUGAAGAAGAAGCUAAAUUUGGUGCCAGACGACUAGCUCGUAGUCUACAGAAACUAGGUUUUCAGGUAAUUUUCACAGAUUUUAAAGUUGUGAAUGUUUUAGCAGUGUGCAACAUGCCCUUUGAGAUAAGAUUGCCAGAAUUUACGAAGAAUAACAGACCUCAUGCGAGUUAUGAACCAGAACUUCAUCCUGCCGUGUGUUACAGAAUAAAAUCUCUCAGAGCUACCUUACAGAUUUUUUCCACAGGCAGUAUCACAGUUACAGGGCCAAACGUAAAGGCUGUUGCCAGUGCUGUGGAACAGAUUUAUCCAUUCGUGUUUGAAAGCAGGAAAUAAAUUUUGUAAUUCACCACUUGAUGGUUAGGUUCCCUAACCAAGCACCUUCAAAGACUGCUGCACAUUGGACUAAAAGCAAAAAGGAAAACUGGACCAACCAUAGCAGAGGAAUACAGACUGUCUUACUUGCUCAUGGCCACAGUAUAGACUCCAGUUCUUUCGGAUUUUUCUCUUAACAGUGCUGUAUUGUAAAAACGGAAGUUUACAAGAUAUGAAAUUGCUGCUUUUAAAAAGACAUUCUAUUUAUUUUUGCAGUAAUUUCUGUGUAUUCAUAAGCAAAGCUGUCACGAUGUGCACUACCUUUAAGACAUUUUUUUUUAGCUUGAGCUUGUGUUUUAUUUGUGAAUAGUCUUUUACAUUUUUGUAUGCUGAAUAUUGGGCACCAAAGAAGCUGUAAAAGUUAUCUUUUUCACCUGAUGAAUGUGCACAAAUAAAAGUUUGGAAAAUAUUUCUCUUCA